CGCAUUUCAAAAUUUAAAAUUCAAAUCAACUUCAACUUCCACUGCAACUUCAACUUCAAGAACACGACCAGACCAGAAACCCAUUCGAAACAACAAAAUGAUCAAACCAAGACUCAAGGUAUUAUUCUUAAUCAUCCUAAGAGAAACUCAAAUCAUAGUGACUAUCAUCACUGCUUUUGCAAUCCUACAUCUACGUACUGCUCAUUCGAUUUGGUUUGGAUUAGGUACCCUUCAUGCAACUCUAAUAGCAAAAUUACUUAAAAGGUUUAUUAGACAACCAAGACCGAUAGACUCAAAUAAGAUCAGUUCAUAUGGAAUGCCAUCCACUCAUUCAUCAUCGAUCUCAUUCUUUGGAAUUUACUUAUUCUUAACUUCAAUCUUCUUACCAUUACAUUCAAGAUUGAUCAUCUUCAUUCAACCAUUCGUUUCAUCCCAAACGAUCUUAAACUUACUAGACCAAUCUGAUGAUCCUACCCAAAUGCCUUCCAACACAAGCUUACAUACUUCUCAAUUCAUCCGUACCUUCGUGGGGAUCGGUUUCUUAAUGGUUUCAGGAAUCGUAUGUUGGUCAAGAGUCAGAUUAGGAUACCAUACCCCAUCGCAAGUAAUAGUAGGUUCAUUAAUCGGAACUAUCUUAGCAAUCACUUGGUUCACACUAUGGAUCGGUACCUUAACCUUUAACGAAAUCCAAUCUACUUCUUCAUCACAAAGGAAUGGGUUAAUCGAAUGGGGAGAUCAUCUCGAAAGGAUUGCAGAAGAUUCAACUUAUUUGGUUCUAGAAGCUUGGCAAAUGAGAGAUGGUGGUUUGUUAUGGGAUUCUUUAAUUAGACCUAGUUUGAAUUCGAUUUGUGUGACCUUUGGUUUACAUCCUUGGUUCGAAAGUGGUGAUCAAUUAGGUGUUCAUGAUUAUUUGAAACCUUUGAAUACUAAAUCUACUAGUCCUAUUAGUUAGUUCAACACUUGGAUUCUUUUUUGGAUUGUCUCUCUUUGUGUGUGUGUGUUUUGAUUUAUAUAUCAUUCAUCGGUUGUGUGUUAAGUUGUCUUUUGUCGCUUUGGAUUCUUUUGUUUCUUCGAAUUUUUACACCGUUUUGGUUUUGUUUGUUUUAUAUCUUCUUUGUCAUCUAAUAAAGCAUUCCACUAUCUUCUUGGUUUCUUUUCUUUUCUUUAUCAAUUUAAUUUUUGGUUAAAGGG